AUGGCAAACGAAUGGGACGGAGAAGGAUCAAUCAAAUACAGAAAGUCCGGCUACACAACCACCGCUCUCGGCGCCAUCGACGCACGAGAGCGCCACAAGUUGGCCGAACGCGAGCGGCGCAAAUCAAUGCAAGAGCUCUUCCUCUCCCUCCACGCUCUCCUCCGACACUCCAAAUCAGUCCGAAAGGAACAAUCAGCAAUCCUUGAAGAGAUCAUCAAGUACAUACCUUUGGCUGUCGCUCGUCUCCGAUCGCUCCAAAAUAAGAAAGACUCGCCUUCCUCUACUUCCUCCAAGGUAUCGAAGUCCCCGGCGCCGCCUGUCCUGGCAUCGAACCGUCACUCUGCUUCCUCUGACUCGUCGGAAUUCGACAUCCGAGUCGCGGCUGAGACUUCGUCGUUUGUGUCGAUUCGGAUUAGAGGAGACCGAGUUAAUGUGUCAUUGACUCAUACGAAUCCCAAGGGGACUUCACAGGUUCUCCCACUCUCCGUCAUAAUAGAUGAGCUUGAAGCUCAUCACCUUGAGAUUGUUCGUUCUACGCAUUGCCGUGAUGGGAGCAAGACACUCCAUCACACCGAUUGCAAGAUUGGUGAUGGGUUGGAUAGAUCUCCUCCUCUGUUAAAAGCUAGAUUAGAGCAACUAGCCGGCAAACUUCUUUGCUUGAGGAAAUCUUCUUCGUUGAAGAGAAAUUUUGACCACCUGGACUGA